CAAAGUUCUGUGAGGAGCUGAAUCUUUCUUGUGUUUGUUGGUGCCGGAGCCUGGGCCCGUAUUGGUACCGACCCGCACCAUGAAUAAGGACGCGCAGAUGAAGGCUGCCAUCAACCAGAAACUCAUCGAGACCGGGGAGAGAGAGCGACUUAAAGAACUUUUGAGAGCAAAACUGAUUGAAUGUGGAUGGAGAGACCAGCUAAAGGCACAUUGCAAAGAUGUGAUAAAUGAAAAAGGAGUGGAGCAUGUCACGGUUGAUGACUUAGUUGCAGAAAUAACUCCCAAAGGCAGAGCACUUGUUCCUGACAGUGUGAAGAAAGAGCUGCUACAAAGGAUAAGGGCCUUCCUGGCCCAGCAUGCUAGCCUUUAGCAAGUGCGAGUGAAGAUGUAUUCAUUGUCAGAACCAUGUCAUGUGCUUUUAUAUAUACACUUUGUUUCCUUAUGGGGUUUUUUUAUCUUGUUUUAUUAAAUAAAAUGUCAUGUACCUUAA